UUUUAAAUGAAAUUGAUGAGACUUUACUAAUUCAAAAUUUUAGAUUCGAGAAUUUUAGAGUUUACGUUUAAGUAGAGAAAAACUGAUUACUGUUUUUUGCUAGAAUUUCGAAACAAACCAAAAUUUGUCGUAGUAUACAGAUUAUUCAAUUUGGAGCAGUAAAGUUAGUUUGGCUUCUGGUACAAUCAGAGGUGAAACCGUAAUAGUUUGAAACAGCUUUUCUGAGUUAUCCAUCAAAAUUUUGUUUGUUCGAAUCGAUUUCAUUCAACUAUUUAUAUCAAUAAUAUUAUUAUACAACUAGUCCCUACUUGCUUUCAUUUAUACCGCAUUAAUUUAGUGUAGACAAAAAAUCAGUUUUUAACAUAACAUUAGUAAAUCAUAUAAAUUCCAGUUUUAGUAUAAACGAAAUAAUUAUGCGCAUCAUAAUCAGCAGCAGUAUUGUUUCAAUUUUUUUUUGAAAUAUUCAGUUGCUGUUUUUAAAGCAUGUUACUUUGGAGACUUUGAUAUUCUAUCUUAUAAUUCACAUAGGAUUCACAUUAGUGUAAAUUAGCGGUAAUGAUAACAAAAUAAUCCUUUAUGUUAAUAAUAAAUUAAAAUUAUACAUGCAAUGAUGCUCUUAGUGUUGCGUCUUGAAUUAAUGAAUGUCACUGAAUACAUGAUUGUAUAGCAUGCAUUAUCUAAGAUUCCAUUUCGUUAUUUUAAAUCAUUUGACUACCAACUGUACAUCUGAAGUGAAAAUAUAAGUAUACACUAUGGCCAUAUCACUAUACUAUUUUGAGUCGGCCCCGCCAGCUCGAUCAGUUUUAAUGGUUAUUGCAGCCUUGGAGUUGAAGGUUGAUUUGAUUCGAAUCAAUUUAUCUAAUAAAGAGCAGUUUGCCGAAGAAUUUCUGCAGCGAAAUCCUACUCAUACUGUUCCCACUUUGGACGACAACGGUUUUAUAGUCUGGGAUAGUCACGCUAUAGUUCAAUAUCUGGUAGAUAAGUAUGGGAGAACGGACGAAUUAUAUCCGAAAUCUUUUGAAGAACGCACCAGAGUAAAUCAAAUGUUAUUUUUUGAAACAAGUAUACUAUUUCCCUCCCUGGCACGAGCAGUGAGGCCAGUGUUUUAUGACAAUGCAACUGCAGUACCGGAUAAUAAAAUAAAAAAUAUAGAAGCAUCUUUUGAGUUCCUCGAAACAUUUUUGAGUGUCACCAAUUAUUUAGCUUCAAACCAUUUAACCAUUGCAGAUAUUUGCGCUUUAUCCACUGUUAGUACAAUCCAAAUUUUCCAUCAGGUUAAUAAUGUUAAAUACCCCAAAUUGGUUGCUUGGUUAUCGAAGUUGAAAUCUUUGGAGUUUUACAAUGUUAAUUUGGAUGGCAUACAGAUGUUUACCGAUAUGUUUAUGCCCUUGUUAAAGUAGGCAUUUUUUUGCUGGGAUUAGUUAGUAAUUGAUAACAAUUAGGUAAUGGAUGUAUAUUGAAUAAAAGUUAGUUUACACAA